CGACAAACAAACACAACAAACAUGAAGACCAUUGUUUUCUUGGGACUCCUGGCUGCCGCCGUCGCUGCUCCUCAAGGGGUAACAGAGCCAAUUCCUAUUGUGCGUCAAGAGAGCGAAGUCAACCCUGAUGGCUCCUACCAAUGGUCGUAUGAAACCGGUAAUGGCAUCGUAGCUGAUGAAAAGGGAGCCCUGAAGAACAUCGGCGCCGAGGAACCGGCUCUAGAAGUGCAAGGCCAAUUCCAGUACCCGAGUGAAGAGGGUGGUAACAUCCAGUUGAGCUACAUUGCUAACGAGAACGGAUUCCAACCUCAAGGCGCUCACCUACCUACUCCACCUCCAGUGCCUGAAGCCAUCCAGCGGGCUCUCGCCUACCUCGCCACCGCCCCGCCACAACCAGAGAACAGGAGACGCUAAAUAAACCUAACCUUUAUUUAAUAAUUAAUUCAAAGGUUUGCCAGUUAGUCAUUAAUAUGCUAAAGGGAUAAUACAAAAAAAUCGAUGUUUGUUCCUAAAUAUGUCUAGCAACCAAAACUAUUUAGGGAUCUAUAUUGAUGUUGUGAGUUUUAAACGAAUUUUGUAAAUAUUUUUAAACGUAAUAUUAAUAAUUUUACAUAUAAAUAUUUGUGUACAAUUUAAAUGCCUUCCAUUAUUUAUGGCCCAUAUUAAAACCUGUUUC